AUGGCUCUUAAGUUCAGUGUGUUGGCGGCAGAUGGGAGAGCACGCACAGGAGAGCUGAUUCUACCACACGGAAAGGUAAAAACGCCAGUAUUUAUGCCAGUGGGAACGAAAGGAGCAAUAAAGGGGCUAACGUACGAGCAAUUGGAGUCGGUGGGAUGUGUGCUGUCGUUGGCGAACACAUACCACAUGGCGUUCAAGCCAGGGAAGGAGCUGCUCGAAAAGGCAGGAGGGAUCCACAAUUUCACAAAUUCAAGGCACAAUUUCCUAACAGAUUCAGGAGGAUUCCAAAUGGUAUCACUGUCAGAACUGUCAAAGGUGACAGAAGAAGGAGUGCACUUCUACUACCCGUACGACGAGAAGGAGGAGAUUCUGCUGACGCCAGAGGAGUCGAUAAGAGUACAGAAUCAAAUAGGCGCGGACGUAAUAAUGCAGCUGGACGACGUGGUGUCCUCAGUAGUGAGAGACAAGGAGCGGCUGGAGCUAGCAGUGCACAGAACAGUGCGCUGGCUGGACAGAUGCAUCAAAGCGCACUCGAGAAAGGAUAGUCAGUCGCUUUUCGGAAUAGUACAAGGGUCAGUGUACCCAGAUCUGAGAAGGACAUGCCUCGAGGAGCUGAAGAAGAGGGACCUGCCAGGCUACGCAAUAGGUGGACUCUCAGGAGGAGAGGAUAAAACGGAGUUCUGGAGAACAGUGGAGCUGUGCACGAGAGAGGGAGUGGGCCUGCCCCCGGAAAAGCCGCGGUACCUCAUGGGCGUAGGCUACGUGGUGGACCUGGUGGUGACGGUGGCGCUGGGCUGCGACAUGUUCGACUGCGUGUUCCCGACGAGAACGGCGCGCUUCGGGACUGCGCUGACCGACCAGGGGCUGCUGAGGCUGCAGCACGCAGAGUACCAGUUCGACUUCAGCACAUUAGACGAAAGCUGCGACUGCCUGUGCUGCAGAAAAUACUCAAAAUCGUACCUGCACUACGGAUUCAAAAAGGGAAUCCUGGUUUCCCAUCUGCUGACCUUACACAACAUAAGGUACAUGAUGCGGUUGUUCGAAAGAAUAAGAAGAGCAAUAGAGGAGGGAAAAUACGCCGAAUUUGUUAGACAUUUUCUAAUAAAUAUGUACAUUAACCAGGGGGAGUUACCACCCACAUGGGUCAGGGAUUCACUCCUGGCUGCGGGAAUAGAUAUUGCGGACUUAUACGAGAAUAAAUCGCAUGUAAUCAAGUGUCACGAAUAG